CAAAGUAGUGAGGUUGUAGAGGGAGUAUCCUAUGCAGAACAUAAAGCGUAAACAUUCAAACGAAAGACUGCCUGUCUGCGCUUCUGGAUGGACAGGGAUACACAUCACUGUCCUUGUACAACGAACACCGGGUCUGUCUGGUCCACUGGAAUGAUUUAGACAGCGGUAGACAGGGAACAAGCUGUUCCUUUGGAGGGAGACUGACUGAGCAAGAAAGAGAGGCAGAGGAAAAUCUGUGAACCCCGAAGCUGGUACAUCCAGCAGGACAUGGCUCACCUCCAGAACAUUCGCAACCAGAACGCACAUUUGAAUCCUGAGGAAUACUUCACCAAGUUGGAGCGCAUCGGUAAAGGCUCGUUUGGAGAGGUUUAUAAAGGCAUAAACAACCGCACCAAAGAGGUUGUUGCCAUUAAGAUCAUUGACUUGGAAGAAGCAGAAGAUGAGAUUGAAGACAUCCAGCAGGAGAUCACAGUGCUCAGCCAGUGCGACAGCCCUUAUGUCACCAAAUACUAUGGAUCCUAUCUGACGGGCUCUAAAUUAUGGAUCAUCAUGGAAUAUCUGGGAGGUGGAUCUGCACUGGAUCUGCUCAGACCUGGAACUUUGGAAGAGGCGUAUAUUGCUACCAUCCUCAGAGAAAUACUGAAAGGACUCGACUACCUGCAUUCAGAGAGGAAGAUUCACAGAGACAUCAAAGCGGCCAAUGUGCUACUCUCUGAGCAUGGAGAAGUCAAGCUGGCAGACUUUGGAGUAGCCGGUCAAUUAACAGACACGCAGAUCAAGAGAAACACUUUUGUAGGAACUCCAUUCUGGAUGGCACCAGAGGUCAUCAAACAGUCCGCUUACGACUUCAAGGCUGACAUCUGGUCAUUGGGCAUCACUGCUAUCGAGCUGGCCAAAGGAGAACCACCAAAUGCUGAACUUCACCCCAUGAGGGUCCUGUUCCUCAUCCCCAAAAAUAACCCCCCCACGCUGGAGGGCUCCUACAGCAAAGCAUUUAAGGACUUUGUUGAAGCUUGUCUCAAUAAAGAGCCACGAUUUAGACCGACAGCCAAAGAGCUGCUGAAACAUAAGUUCAUCACCCGCUACACCAAGAAGACGUCUUACCUGUCAGAGCUGAUCGAUCGAUACCGCCGCUGGAAAUCAGAGGGCCAUGGGGAGGAGUCCAGCUCUGAUGAUUCUGACAUGGAUGGAGAAGGGGACGACCGGGAUCAGGGGCCCAUGUGGACUUUCCCCACUGUUCGGCCUUCUUCCAUUAACAAGCUAAACAGAGGCCUCAGCCAUUUAGACAACAAGACAUCAGAUGUUAUGAAAAGGCAACCGAAGUCAUCAUCUCUGACAUCGUUCAUCACACCAAUAUUCAGAGAGUUGAAGGAGAAGCGGCGAGUCGGAGGGAACGGUGUUUGUGCGGUGGAGGAGCUGGAAAACGCCUUCAGCCUCGCAGAAGAGUCCAGUCCCGGAAUCUCUGACCGGCUGCUCAAUCACGUCAUGGAGAGAGUCUGCAGCUUUUCAGGUCAUGCAGAUUCUAUGCUAUAGGAUGUUGAACUGCAUGCUGCACUGAAUCCUGCGCAGGAGUGAACUUUGGAGACUUGUGUGUCUCAAUCCUGCAGGUUUACGCUCAAAGGAAACAGCUUGCCUUUAAAACGCUGAGGUUUCUCUGACCAGCCUGAUGGACAGACUCUCCUGAUGCCCCCAUGAGCUGGUCCCCAGCGUCCACCUGCUGAAGACCAACCAGUCUGUCCAUCACUGCUUGUAUGAUGAGAUGAUUUUACAAGUUUUCUUUGUAGAAUUUUGAAUGAAAUGUAAAAUAUGAAACGACUGAAAUGUAAUAUAUGAUGCCAAUGAAAUGUAAAAUAUAAACUGACAAACAGUGUAUGUGCAUUUGGUUAAAUGACAGUGCAUUUAACUAUAAAUUAAAUAAACUGGUGAACAAAGCAAA